ACGCGCCUUUCAUUGGCAUCGUUCGGGCUAUCUGAGAGUAAAUUUACUUUGGGACUGCACACGAGUAUAUGCGUGCUUCGCCGACACCAACAUUGUAUGAACAGUAUUCCCUCGUCGUGCGUGCAAUCUUCGGCUAUCCUGCACAUCAUCCCGGGUCUUCUCCGCACCUGGGCGUCGAUAGCCUUGUUGUAGCUCGGACGAUACAGAUACGAACAUCGCCCACAGCUCUUUCCCCUGCGGCGUGGCUUUCUAUCUUAAGACUCUAAUUUCUCUCCUCGUACCCAGGCGAAGCAUGGUGGGCCCGAAAGAACGCCUAAAGCAACUCGCAUCGCACUUCACCUCCGCGAGCCCUGUGCCCGGUCCGCCACCCAUCCACCCUGGCGAUAGUCAUGAAUACCAUCACCGACACAACUUUCAUACCCUAAGCCCGACAUGGUUUCUAUGGCGAGCAGCACAGAUCGAACCAGAUGCUAUUGCGAUAUACCACAAGACGGCUAAUAGCAAGAUCUUACGUCGCUCGUACGCCGAGGCUGCAGACCGUGCAAGAGGAUUCGCGUACUACCUAAGGAAACAUGGCUACAAGCGUGUGGGAAUACUAGCAACAAACACUCCUGCUUUUCUAGAGAGUAUAUUUGGAAUUGCCGCUGCAGGGAGCGUCAGUGUGGCGAUCAAUUAUCGACUGAAGGCGGAUGAUAUAAGCUAUAUCUUCCAGCAUUCGGAUGUUGAUUUAAUCAUCGCGGACUUUGAGUUUGUAGACCUAUUGGAGGAUUAUAGGAAACAAAAGCCAAAUAUUCCCAUCAUCGUGGAUACGGAUAUGGAUGCGUCAGAAGGCGAGCUCUCCGGACCGUUCGAUGAAGCCGUGCUAGAGGGCUUGAAAUAUGAUAUUGAAAAAGGCGGAAAGGGCUGGACGGAUCUAGAAUCACAAACGAAAAAUGAGGAGAGUGUCAUUGCGCUAGCAUAUACGAGCGGUACAACCGCACGGCCGAAGGGUGUCGAGUAUACACAUCGCGGUGUCUAUCUCGCUGCAAUGGGAAAUGUGAUUGAAAGUGGCUUAAACUACCACACCGGCCGCGCGAAGUACCUAUGGACACUCCCCAUGUUCCACGCAACAGGCUGGACAUUCCCCUGGUCCGUGACCGCAGUCCGAGGAACGCACUACUGUCUCCGCAAAAUCGAUUAUCCCGAGAUUUGGCGAUUAUUGAAGGAGGAAGGCAUCACGCAUUUCAACGCCGCACCUACAGUGAAUACACUGCUAUGCGCCGCAAAGGAGGCAGAGAGACUUCCACAUUCGGUAAGAGUCACGGUCGCUGCAUCACCUCCUUCGGCAUGGCUCUUUGAGCAGAUGACGAACUUGAAUCUAAAUCCGGUACACGUCUAUGGCUUGACAGAAACAUACGGCCCAAUCACGAAAGGCUACCACAUGCCUGAAUGGGACACUCUCCCUGAGAAAGAGAAAUAUGCUAGGAUGGCACGUCAGGGGCACGGCUUUGUUACCGGGCUACCUGUACGCGUCAUCAAGACGGAGCAAGAGGAAGGCGUACUCAUCAACGUAGAAAAAAACGGGAAAGAGAUUGGGGAAAUUGUGUUCGAGGGCAACAGUUGUGCGAAGGGGUACUACAAGGAUGCGGAGGCGACGAGAAAGUUAUGGGCCGGAGACGUGCUGCAUUCCGGGGAUUUAGCGGUUUGGCAUCCUGAUGGGGCGAUUCAGAUCCUGGACCGGGCAAAAGAUAUCAUUAUUUCCGGCGGCGAAAACAUAUCCUCUGUGGCCCUCGAGGCCAUGCUUUCAACACAUCCCUGCGUUCUCGAGGUCGGUGUCUGCGCGGUUGCUGAUUCGCACUGGGGUGAGCGGCCCAAAGCUUUCGUCACCACAAAGGACGGCACAAAUAGCGAAACGCUUGGCGAAGAGGUUAUUCAGUGGGCCAAGGGGAAUAGCAAUAUCUCGCGCUUCAUGGUGCCGAGGGAGGUUGUUGUUGUGGACGAGUUGCCGAAGACGAGUACGGGGAAGAUUAAGAAGAAUGUGUUGAGAGAGUGGGCAAGGGGGAAUAUGGAUGCAAAGUAAGGGAGGAUGUGUGUACUUGUAAGGGGACUUUAUUCGAGGAAGCAUGACUCGGUUAACGUGUAAGUACGAUAUCUGUAGGGGCCAUAUUCAAGAGCUUCUAACGCCGAGUAAAUGCCCCGAUACGGAAAUCACUUAUUUUUGUGCAGCUUUCGAACUACCAACGAAUUGCGAUUACAGCAGAGGUAGUUGAAUCUUUGCCGCGAUUUGUUUUCUCCUCUCUAUUCUGCCAAGUCUGAUUAGACACAGUUUAGGCUUCGCAAACAUGAAACAGUAGCAAUACCACGGGAGUUGCGACGGACCUGCAACAUGCACCGCAACACCAUCUGCGC